UGGGCGCGGACUCGCGGAAACCAGAGCCCGCGCGUGCGCCGUGCGCCGGCAGCGCACCCGGGGUUGUGCGCUGAGUGCCGGCUGGGAGUCGGUGGGAGUCCCAGUGCUGCUGGGGGCGAGUCUGUAGCGUGAGGUGCCCUUGAGCUGACGACCAUGAACCGCAGCCGCCAGGUGACGUGCGUGGCCUGGGUCCGCUGCGGCGUGGCCAAAGAGACUCCGGACAAGGUAGAGCUUAGUAAAGAAGAAGUAAAACGUCUCAUUGCUGAAGCAAAGGAAAAAUUACAAGAAGAAGGUGGCAGUGAUGAAGAGGAGACAGGCGAUCCUUCGGAAGAUGGCAUGCAGAGUGCACGUACCCAGGCACGACCAAGGGAACCCCUGGAAGAUGGUGACCCAGAGGACGACAGGACGUUGGAUGACGAUGAACUGGCCGAGUAUGACCUAGAUAAAUACGAUGAGGAAGGUGACCCAGAUACUGAAACUCUUGGUGAGUCUCUUUUGGGUCUUACAGUCUAUGGAAGUAAUGAUCAAGAUCCUUAUGUUACUCUGAAGGAUACGGAACAAUAUGAACGUGAAGAUUUCUUGAUCAAGCCCAGUGACAAUCUCAUAGUCUGUGGCAGAGCUGAACAAGACCAGUGCAAUUUAGAGGUGCAUGUUUAUAAUCAGGAAGAAGAUUCUUUUUAUGUGCAUCAUGAUAUACUGCUGUCUGCAUACCCUCUAAGCGUGGAAUGGCUGAAUUUUGAUCCUAGCCCAGAUGAUUCUACAGGAAAUUACAUUGCUGUGGGAAAUAUGACUCCUGUUAUUGAAGUGUGGGACCUUGAUAUAGUGGACUCUUUAGAGCCAGUCUUCACACUUGGAAGUAAACUGUCAAAAAAGAAGAAAAAGAAAGGAAAGAAGAGUUCCUCAGCAGAGGGGCAUACCGAUGCUGUCCUGGACCUUUCUUGGAAUAAGCUGAUCAGAAACGUGUUGGCAAGUGCAUCAGCUGACAACACUGUAAUUCUGUGGGAUAUGUCCUUGGGGAAACCAGCAGCUAGCCUUGCCGUACACACAGACAAGGUCCAGACUCUGCAGUUUCAUCCAUUUGAAGCACAGACUCUGAUUUCUGGAUCCUAUGAUAAGUCAGUGGCUUUGUAUGACUGCCGAAGUCCAGAUGAAAGCCAUCGGAUGUGGCGUUUCAGUGGGCAGAUUGAGAGAGUGACUUGGAAUCACUUUUCACCUUGUCAUUUUUUGGCCAGCACAGAUGACGGCUUUGUGUAUAAUUUGGAUGCACGUUCAGAUAAGCCAGUUUUUACACUCAAUGCACACAAUGAUGAAAUCUCCGGUCUUGAUCUAAGUAGUCAAAUCAAGGGUUGUCUUGUGACAGCAUCAGCAGACAAAUAUGUGAAAAUCUGGGACAUAUUAGGAGACAGGCCAAGUCUGGUUCACUCUAGAGACAUGAAAAUGGGAGUUCUCUUCUGUUCUUCCUGUUGCCCCGAUUUGCCAUUUAUUUAUGCUUUUGGAGGUCAGAAGGAAGGACUUCGGGUCUGGGAUAUAAGCACAGUCUCAUCAGUAAAUGAAGCAUUUGGAAGACGAGAGAGGCUUGUUCUCGGCAAUACAAGAAGUUCAUCUAUUAGUGGCCCUUUUGGGAGCAGGAGCUCAGACACACCAAUGGAGUCUUAAUGAGGAUCAUAAACUUUUUAUUACUUUAACUCCGUUUUUUAAAAAGCUAGCCUAAAAACAUCCAUGUAUGGCUACAGCCAUGUAGUGACUGAAACAAUUUCAUCUCCUACUGCCAGACAUUUCUCCUGCAGCUAUGGGGGCAGCACAAACAGGGUUGAUCUUUGUGCUUGCCUUUUAAAUGUGGUGUUUAGGGCUCCCACUGCAUUUCUUAAAAAACAAAAAAAGUCUUUAAAAAAUAAUUCCUUAAAUAUGCCAUCUGUCAUAGGUAACCUAGGUUUGUAAAAUAGUCAUUUAUGGAAUUUUAGAAGAACAGUGAUUUGGCCAAGAUUUCACACUAGCCAUGAACACCCAGGAAUUGUUCUUCCUGAGUUGAUUGUUCUCCAGUUGAUGUUCAUGAUUUUAGAAGUGUUCUCUAUGCUACUCAUAAAGUUUAAUCACUAAAUUAAAAAUGGCCUGCCUUCCCCGCCCCCCCCCA